CCGCACGGCGCACACCUGGAUUGUGUUUGACAGUUUCGUUGCUGCGUGUUGUUGUUAUGAUUUUAUGGGCACUCGAUUGAAGUGGAUGUGCGUGACCAAUGCAUCAAUCGUGGCUUAUCGAUCGUGAUCUUCUAGGGAAUUUGAGGAAUUAGUACGAUCAAGAUUGGUGAAGAUGGCUCCUCAUUGCCAAAAUUCCGAGCAAUCUCGGUACAGCCAUGCCAGAAGAAAGCUGGCCAAACUUGGCUAUGAACAUCCAUUUACGAUUGAUAGUCUACAGCUUGUAGAAAAAUUGGUUGAAGACCUCAUCACAAGCACUGAAAGCUGGCGAAGAUACAAGAAUCUCUGCCAGACCACUCUAGAGAAAUGUCGUCUUUACGAGCAAGGAGUGGAGCCUUACCAAAAAGAAAACGCAAGGCUUGUAAAGAGUAAUAAUGACAUGCACAAGAAAUUGCUCAAUUUGCAAGAAGAACUUGAAGAUCAAAAAAGAGCUCACCAGCGUAAACUAGACACAAUGCAGGCUGAAGUGCAAAGAUUUAAGAUUAUGGAAUCGCAAUUCAACAAAUGCAUUUCAGAACUCGAGAAAGAGUGUGCUGAAAAAACCAUAAGACUUCACAGAACAGCAAAGACAAUGGUCAAGCCAGCCUUCAAACCUGCUGGGAGCACUAAAGGGGGUUUUCCUGCUAUCCACGCAAUGUCAGCAAAAGAGAACAGAAGAAGUGUGAAACAAAGUGGCAGUCAAAAUGAUAUCGAAAAAAUUUAUUUUGAUCCACCAGCCAGUAUCUCACAUACGCUUGAGACUCAAGCGUCAAAUUUGUCUCAAGAGCUGCAGAAAAUCAAAGAGAUAGUUGAAGAAUACAAAAUUGAAAACUCUGCAUUGAAUGCCAAGUUGAGUAGAAGAGACAAAGAAAUUGAAAGGCUGGAAAAUAUGAUGGAUGGAGGUAUACCAAUCAAGAAGGUUGUAAAUGACUUGGGGUCUUCCAGUGAUAAACAUUUGGAAUUGAUGCUGAAAGAGAGUGAGGACCAAAAACAUGACGCGAUGAUGAGAGCUGUUCAGCUUGUUAAGAAAUGCAACGAUUUGGGGAAAGAGAUGAAAGACAUUGACGAGUUUGCUUGCAAGCUGAAGGAAGAGAAAAAUGCUCUGGAGGACAGGCUAACUCAGUGCGAAGACAAUUUAAUGCGUUGCUCCAACGAAAACCACGAGUUGAAGUCUCGAUUGAUGCACAUGGGUUUGUCUCAAGGCUGUCAGUGUUCAGGAAAGAACAUAAGUGAUGGAGAUAAGCAACGCCUUCAGGAAAAGCUAGACACAGUGUCCAGAGAACUGAGGGAUAUGAAAGAGAAAGAGAAAAAGCUGAUGGCUGAGAUCAAAAGACUAAGUGACAAGUUGCAAAGUGUCUCCAGACAAGCUACUGUUUGCUCAAGAAAAUCAUCAAGGUCUACCAGCAGGAGCAGAGACCCAGGAGAAACGACUGCCAAAUUGCUAGCACCUAAUCUACCAACUGCUGAAUCAGUGCAGCAAGAAGUGGACAUAGCAAAGCUCAAAGCCGAGGUGGAGCGGCUGAAAGUUGACAAAGAGAGGUCUGAGGCGAGAUGCCAGAAAUUGCAUGAUGAAAUGGCUUCCAUGUCCGAUACGGGUGUCGUAAAUUUAGUGCAGCAAAUAUCUCUCAAAGACAAAGAACUGGUUGCUGUGCAACAGGAAAACAGCAAUCUCAUUCGUGAAAAUGCAAAUUUAAAAAUGCAUCUCAAGGUUGCUCAAGAAACAACGUCUUCUACUGACCUGAGGAGCUUACUUACUCAAGUCGAGAAAGAUAAAAUUGCUGCUAAGUCUGAACUACAGUCGCUUCAAGCUGAAAGAGAUGCAAUUCAUGAGCAACUCAAGUUUGUAACUGGCAAACUAGCAGAGCAGCAGUCUCAGCGUUUUGAUGGGGAUAGAGUCAACCAACUCGAGAUAGAAAGAAGAGAAUUGCUCCAACAAAAGGGUUCAAACCAGACUCAUAUAGCCAAUCUGGAACAGCAAGUUAGAACUUUGGAAGCAGAACUGACUAAGCAGCGGACUCAGUACCUCCAGCUGAAAAAUCUCCAAGAGCAAACUGAUGCUAAUUUGAUGGUCUGCCAAGGGGAAUUGAGCCAGUUUAGGAAAGAUGCAGCAAUAUCGCAUAGCAGGAUGAGUGAAAUAAAGACUCUGCAGGCAGAAGUUGCUUCUCUGAGAGAAGAGCGAGCCAAGCACUGGGCUGAGCUGGAUCGGAACUCUGGGGACAGAGACAGUUUAAAACUGCAGCUUGAUGAAAAGUCCGAGCGUAUUGCACUCCUUCAAAAGGAAAUCAACGCCAAGGAAGCUUGGAUAUCAAAACUGGAGAAAAAUUUGGCGGAAUUGAAAGAGGUGUUGCAGUGCAAGUGUACAAAAAAUGUUCACGUGACCACUAAGGUGAAGACCUCCGUGUGGCCCAAGAAACCCUCAUCCCCGUCCUCGACGCCCCGCAAAUCCCUGCCCCCCAAACGGUGGAUCCGGAACGCUGCUAUGGCACGUUCGCCACCAAGCACCAGGGUUACUCAAGACUCAGAUUUGGCCAACAAGCAAGAUGCACGAGGGUUGCAGCGUGAGCUGGAUCGGCUGAGGAAGGAACUCGAGCAGGCCACCAAGGUGCAGAAAUCCUCUGAAAGCGAGAUUAAACGGCUUCAAGACGACUUGAGCACUGCUUUGAAAGACUGCAAAAUUUCGCAACGUGAUCUUAACUCUGCUCAAAGAGAAGUUGAGGACAUGAAGCAGCGGCUGCAAAAUUAUGUCGCAGAAGUUCAGAGAAUCGAAAAUUUGCUUGCAAAUAAGGAGGAGGACAGAAAUGCGCUACUGGAGCAUUUUCACAGCUUAAGUCAGGAGGCUAUUGAGCUGGAAACGCACAACAACAGCUUGAAGAGUGAGGCGUAUCAAGUGAAGCAUUCGUUAGAAGUCACAGAAAGCCAAGUGACACAUCUGGAAGAUCAGUUGACAGCCAGCAAAGAGCUUAUUUUUUCCUACGAAAGCCAGGUUGUAAACUUGACGCGGAUGGUGAAAAACCUAGAAACUGAGCUAAGGACUGUGAAGGAUCAAUCCGAAAAUUUUGAAAAAGACUUGAAUGCUGUUCAUGAACUUUGCAUGAAGCUUGACAGCCAGAAAGAGGCCCUGGAGGAUGAGCUUAAAAGCAGUAACAAGAGAAGCUUAGAAUUGGAGUCAAAAUGCGCCAAACUGAAAUCAGAACUAGAGGCCCUUCAUAUCCAGCUUCGGCAGGAACUGACGAACAAAGGCGCAAUUGAGAGCGUUUUAGAAGAAAGCAGGGAGGAAACUCUGAAGCAAAGAAUGACCAAUGAAGAGCUGGCACAGGAGCUUGAGAAACUUAAAGGAGAAGUUGCUAAGAUGCAGCUUUCAAGAGAUAAAGAAGAUGUUGAGCGCUACACGAGGUUAGCUGCUGAGAAGUCUAAAGAAGCUGAAAUUCUGAGACGGGAGCUGACAAAGGAAAAGUUUGAGCGAGCCAGACUGGCGGAAGGGACCUCAAGGUAUGAGAGGCCAUGCUGUUUCCCAGAUUAUGUCGUGUCCUCCAAAGUAAAAACCAAAGUCUCCUUUGAUGAUGAUCCUCCUGUUUCCUCCUCUGAGUCUGCAAGCCAUGUUUCUAGUUCAGAAACUUCCUCUCCGAGGUCUGCUCAAACCCAAACACCCAAGUAAUCUUUACCCCUGUCUCAUAAGACAAAGCCAUGUGCAGAGAAGCACAAGCCCAGCGACAUCUACACAUUCCUUGAAAAGCCUGUCACCAGAAACCAGUGACUAGUAUGUUUUAUGGAUAUUAUUUUUACGCUUUGUGAAUUUUUAUGAGGUAAAAAUAUUUUCUUGAAUAAUUGACAAUCAUAAGCAAGAAAAUAAUUUGGAUUCUGACUACAAUCAAUAUUUUCUGUAGUUGAAAUAAAGUUAUAUGCUUUUUGAAA